CCAAUACCGUACGAGUGGCCGCCGAUUGGUUGUCGGGCAUCAUGUGACAUUGUUAAGAUGGCGUCUCCAAGUGGAGAUGAUGACUUUGAGUCCUCUUUGCUGAGCUUUGAAAAGCUGGACAGAGCCUCGCCUGAUCUGUGGCCGGAGCAGUUGCCGGGAGUGGCUGAGUUUGCAGCUUCCUUUAAAAGCCCAAUUACCAACUCCCCCCCGAAGUGGAUGGCAGAAUUGGAGAAUGAUGACAUCGAGAUGUUGAAAGAGCUGGGGAGUUUGACCACAGCCAACCUGAUGGAGAAGGUGAAAGGGCUGCAGAACCUGGCCUACCAACUUGGUUUGGAGGAAUCUCGGGAAAUGACCAGAGGAAAGUUCCUGAACAUCCUGGAGAAGCCCAAAAAAUGAGAAGCUCUGGAGGGAGGGGCUCAGUGUCAGUCCCAUCAGACAUCCUAGGGCUGGGGACUUGGACACAGACACUGCCUGUCAUUUUUAUUGGAGCCCUUCACACAAACAUCUGAACUGCACUUAGGUGUGUCUGUGUACGCUGUGACCGCUCAUCCCUGUACGCGAUACAAAGUUCUGACUGCUUAUGGUACCACUUCUCUGGUUUCACAGAGACCAUCGAAUCCGAUCCCUUUGUUCACAAAACCAUUAUUUUUCUCUCUUAUGAGGCUGAAUUAGUUUUUGUAGCUUUCCUGUUGGAUUAUAAUUCAGUACAUGCUUUUAAAUGUGUAUAUUCUGUAUUUAUUUUUCUCCGUAGCUGAAAUUAACUUUUGUUUUUCCUCAAGCCAAAUUGUGUAAUAAAGUAUUAAAAAUCCCAAGGUAAUUU